AGCGCGCCAAGGUAGGGUGGCGCGCAUAGUACGCACGCACGCACAGUACGCAGUGGUGUAAAAAGUGGCGCAAAUGUGUAAAAAACAUGGCCAGAGAAGAGGACGCGAUCCGAAAGUUCGUUGUGAAAGAACUGCACAAGUGUUCGGACCUCAGUUCACUGACUUUAGGCAUUCUGCGGAGGAGAUACCUGGAAAAGGUAGGGAGAGAGUCGCUCAACAGCAAGGACAGACAGCUGAUGAAGAAAAUUGUCGAGGAGGAACUUUUGAAGAUGCAGGGCAGCAGUGAUGAUGAGCCUCUUAUUAAGUGUGUGAAUGCAUCAAAGAGCCAGAGCAAAAGGAAAAGGGAAGAUGAUGAUGAUGAUGAUGAUGAUGAAGGGGAUGAAGAGAAUAAAACGGUGGGAAAGACAAAAAGGUCACGGCUGGAGGAGUCUUCUCCAGAUUCGCCUGACUCUGGAAUAGAGAAGGCUAUGAAUGAGGGAGAACAAAAAGAGGAAGAAGCUGAAAGUGAUAAAGGCACGGGUGAAGACAGUGAGGAGGAGCAAGAGAAAAAGAACAUUAAGAAAAAAACACAGAAAAAGAGACCGAGCAAACAAAGAACACAGGAAAAGGACAGUAAGAAAAAGAGACAGAAGAAGAAAGGGAAGAUGAUAGAACGUGAUGAAGAUGAGGAGUUGGAGGAUUCUGAUGAGGAGGAGGAGGAGGAGGAGGCAAGGCAAAAACAACCAACUAAACACAAGAAAAAGAAAACGGAUUCGGACAGUGAGGAGGACAUCAGUGAUAAACCGGCUUCGAGUGAUUCUGAGGAUGAAAAAGUGAAGAGCAAAGCGAAGACGCAGAGCAAAAGAAAAGACAUCAGCAAAAAGAAGCCAGUUGAGAGGGAUGUUGUGAAAGAAGUAGAAAGAGAAGUUUUUGGGAGCAGCUCUGACAGUGAAGAGGAGAAUAACGAGAGCGCUAAAACAAAAGACAAGAGCAACUCUGAAAAUGACAGCAGUGGAGACAGUGAAGAUGAAAAAGAUAAACAAGAGGAUGCUGCUAAUUUAUCCUCCAAAGAGAUGGAGAAAGAUGAGGAGAAAAUGCAGGACAAUCAGGAGGCAGCAGAGGACUCUGAUUCCUCGUCUCUUCCCUCGCUGGAGGACGAGGAUGAAAAAGAGAAGGACAAGAAGGAGGGAAAGAAAAGCGGGACAAAGAAAAAGCACAGCGAGGAGAGGGAAAGCACAACCAGAGGAAAGGAUGAGGAGAAUAAGGCUGUUUCCAGGCUGAAGCGCUACAUCGCCCUCUGUGGAGUGAGACGGAACUACAAGAAGCUGUUAGACGGCUGCAGAUCAGUAAAGGCAAAAGUGGCUGUGCUGAAAAAAGAGCUGGAGGAGCUGGGUGUGGAAGGUCAACCCUCAAUAGAGAAGUGUAAGAAAGCUCGUCUAAAGAGAGAAGAAGCACAGGAACUGGCUGAGCUGGAUGUCACCAACAUCAUCACCACUCAGGGACGUCCCAAAAGGAGAGCGGCAGCAGCAGCAUGGCCCCCAGCACAGAAUGUCUCCCCGCCCCCCUCUGCGUAUAAACGUGUUGUGGACUCAGACUCUGAUAGUGGAGAGAGCCACACAAACACAGGCCGCAGGAGAUCAGCAGCCUGGGCCAACCUGCAGGGAAUCAUCAGCGAUGAUGGAGAGAGUGAGUAGGCGGCGAGUGCCUUGUUUUGUACAGUGUAUUCUGUAAGUUCAGUAGCUCAUUAAUUCACAACAAACUCUUUAAAAAACAAACACCCUGCUCUAAUAAGUCAGUCUGUACUUUGGCAAGAAGUUUAUGGGUGCGCCCUCUGUUAUUGUAGGAUUUGUUUGGAUUCCUUUCCAGUAUGUUUGCUCUCUUUUCAUGUGUUUUAUAAUUGUUCAUUUGUACUGAAAUAUUUAAGUGUAUUGAAUGUUUAGAAUGAGGUUUAUGCAGCUUUAAAAAUAAAAUUACAUUUAUUGA